AGCAGGCAGCAGUACUUAGGCCAAGCGACAUAUCAGCACUUAACAACCGAACAAUCUCCACGCACGGCACGGGAAACCUCGUUUCAUUCCUUAAUCUCUGCCGCAAAAGCAAAAUUACCGCAUUCUUCCAAGCGGUAAUUCCGCAACAAACCCAAACUGCAUACCGGCUGGAAGUUGCAUCGCCUGGAGCCACCGGGGAAUCUUGUACCUUCACAGCCCCGCCAGGCUUGAUUUGUCUCCUGUGGUGUGCGCGAAGGGGCCGCGGCGCAGGAGUUCUAUUUGGAGCAAAUUGAUAAAAUGUGAUGGCCAACCAGGGGCGAUUCUAGGAUCAGAACUUUGGGGGUGCUGAGCACCCAGAGAGCUGCCCAUCCAGGCAAGAUCCCAAGGUGAGGUGACAUCCCAUCACGUUUAGUGCUGCAAGAGGAGCUUUUUGUGUAGAGGAAACUCCUAAGAAGUAAAAAAUGUCUGGUGCAAAGAUCAAUUCACUGACCCUCACCCUACUCUUCCUUAUGCCCUCGAUUUCAAGCCAACAGGUCCCCUCUAACUGUGUGAUCAAGAUGGAGCAGGAGAAAUGCAUGGAAAUGAUGGCCUUGGAUUCCAACAAUCAAGAAUUUGACUGCCCGUGGUUUUGGGACAAUCUGACAUGUUGGCAGCCUGCCAGGCUCGGGGAGGUGGUUGAGGUCAACUGUCCUGAACUCUUCUCUCAGUUUAUGAGUGAAGAAGACUACGAAUUGGGAAAGGUUAGCCGCAAUUGCACUCAGUUUGGUUGGUCGGAGCCCUUUCCCCACUAUCUUGAUGCCUGCCUGUACGAGGAAGGAAACAGCACCCACCCUGACAUGUAUUACGUGUCAGUGAAAGCUCUGUACACUGUGGGCUACAGCACCUCUCUGGUCUCUCUAACCACAGCCAUGGUCAUCCUGUGCAGGUUCAGGAAGCUGCACUGUACCAGGAACUUCAUCCACAUGAACCUCUUUGUGUCAUUCAUCUUAAGAGCUAUUUCUGUCUUCAUCAAAGACGGCGUGCUGUAUGCAAAAGAGGACAGCGAGCACUGCUUCAUACACACUCUGGAGUGUCGAGCGGUGAUGAUAUUCUUCCACUACUGUGUUCUUUCUAACUACUUCUGGCUCUUCAUCGAGGGUCUGUAUCUCUUCACGUUACUAGUGGAGACCUUCUUCCCUGAGAAAAGAUACUUCUAUUGGUACAUCAUAAUAGGCUGGGGGACCCCGACGGUGUGUGUGACCAUCUGGGCAGUGCUGAGGCUGCACUUUGAUGAUAUAGGCUGCUGGGACAUGAAUGACCAUGCUGCCAUCUGGUGGGUGAUAAAAGGACCCGUGCUGGCUUCAAUUAUGGUCAACUUUGUGCUGUUCAUUGGCAUCAUCAUCAUCCUGGUUCAGAAGUUACAAUCUCCAGAUAUUGGUGGAAAUGAAUCCAGUAUUUACCUGAGGUUGGCACGCUCCACUCUGCUGCUGAUUCCUCUGUUUGGGAUCCACUACACUGUGUUCGCCUUCUCUCCUGAGAAUGUCAGCAAGAGGGAACGUCUGGUAUUUGAGCUUGGGCUCGGAUCCUUCCAAGGCUUUGUGGUGGCCGUCCUCUACUGCUUCCUGAAUGGAGAGUAUAUCCCUCAAGGUGCAAUCGGAGAUCAAGAGGAAAUGGCGCAGCUGGACGGUGAACAGGUACUUUGCUGUGGACCUGAAGCACCGGCAUCCUUCAUUGGCGAGCAGUGGGGUGAACGGGGGGACGCAGCUGUCCAUCCUCAGCAAGAGCAGCUCGCAGAUCCGCAUGUCCAGCCUGCAGGCCGAGACUCCAGCCACCUGAGCAGCGCUCUCGGGGACGGCAAGUCUGAUGACGACACUGCCGCCUCCGGACCUGACGCCGCCAAACCUACAAUCCUCCCAAUGACCAGCCUCACCAACCCAUUCCUCAACCCCUACCCCAACCCGUACCCCGAUGAAAUCAUGAUGGAAACCCAACUCACCUCCAGCGACCCAGAACAGCCACUUGUCUGAGUCCGCAUCCAAUGAAAUAUGACCAAACCUGACAGGUGAAUUGAAUGACACAUUCAGGUGCAGCCUGUAGGUUCACUCUCCCGUUCUGGAACCCCACUAAAAAGGCAUGUGUGCCGGCUCUCUCUGUAUAUAUUGUAUUGGUGUUCAGAAUUGUCUGGUGUUGCAGUAUUUGCUGUGCAACACAGAGGGACCAAAUAGCUCUACAAUACAGUAUGUAUCCCAUCGCACUGAUCAUUCCAGUCUGUCUGAGGACACUUUGGUCUUCAGGUUUCACACUUUUCUCAAGAUACAUUUUAGAUGACUUUACACUUAAUUCCUUAAUUAAUCUCCUAGCUCCUGUGCCAUGAAAAGUGAUUUAACUGAAGAAAGUAAACACUGGUGACUCUGAUGUAAAUAUUUUACAGGGACACGCCGCUGGAUUUAAACAUGAAGAUUAGUUUCCUAUUAGCUUGUACAAACUGUUGUCCUCUGUGUCCGACGCUUAUCUCAACUGGGACUUUGGAUUUUUAACAAAACGAUUGUGUUACACACUGUGGAGAUGUGUGAAAGAUGAGGUUGAAAAAAUAAUAAAAUAAAUAAAUAUUAAUAAUAAUUUGUGUCACAUGGCCCAAUCUGAGCAUGUAAAUUAAGGAUAAGUGCUGCUGCUACUCCAAUUUAUUCUGGUGUGGGUCCCUAACCCUAAACACCAGGAGUGAUCUUUUAAAAGAAGCUGUAUAUUUAAUACCCUGAACAUGAAGGAAAGUUUCUCUUUUUCAGCCUCUUUAUCAGUGUUAAUGACUGAAGCAGGGACUCUAAAGCAAACCUGGCCAGUUUCAUUGGCGUCAUACUUGCAUUCAAAACUAUCCCUCUUUGUCUCCUCUGUUUCGGUGCAUAUAAAACACUGAAAAAGACAUCCUCUUUUUUUCUGUCAAUGACUGCAGCACCCGCGAUGCACAAACAGUGACUGUGUGUGUAAGCUUAGUAUUAUCAUUCGCAGCCUCAGCUGUGACAGAUUUAAAACAAUAUAAAGGUAGUUGAAGACAACGUCUGUCACAGAAAUAUUUCACCAAGAGGUAAACAUUGAAAAAGCAGUAUUUACUAGAUUAUUAUAUGGACAUAUUUCUGUGUAAUAUGCCAUUAAAGUUAAAAAUAUGUAUCAUGUUGAUCUUCAGAUGUGUCCACAGUGCUAAGGUUUGCAAAUGUGACCACAAACAGGCCUUUUUUUUAAUCUCUAGAAAGUCUAAGAAGAGGACACUGAUGUAGUCAGCAGGUCUGUAGUUUUAACAGCCGAUUGUACAGAAAAUGUCAAUGAAAAUGAGCACACGACUGAAAUGUCAUGAGUUCAGUUGCUUGCAUGAAACUGCAUUUAUUGUCCACGUGGGUUGUUUGUGAGAAUUCAGUGUUUUUUGGAUGUUGUUUUUUUUUUCUUAGGGUUUUUAGUGUUUAUCAGGCUGCUGUGGAGCUAAUGUACUACAUGUAUCUCCUCCACAGCCUAUUGCACGAGGAAACUGUGUAAAACUAUACUGGUCUAAGUGGAGAUAUAGACCAUGAGAAACAUCACAGCACUUCUUUUUUUGGGCUAAAACCUUUGUAUUUUUCUCCUUACAGAGGACCAUUUGAAAAAUCUGUUUGAAUUAUUUUGAUUAAUGAGGUUUUCUCCUCGCUUGGAACAGCUCUUUGUUACUGAUGCUGUAUGUGCUCAUUCUGUUUAAAGACAAAUAUGCUGAGAUGGAUGUUACUUAUACCAAGAUGGUAAUUUUCUCAUUCCAAAGACAAAUGAAUCGGCUCUUCACUGAGUAUUUGCACGGCCGUAUCUGUUUGCGAUGCUCAAGUUCGCGUUGCAACUGAUGUCACUGCAGAUUUUUCCUUUUGGUCUGACUCAGCUAUCCUCUAAAACCCCAUGUUUGACUUUACUUUGUGUCUCCUAAAGUGCCUUUAAGCACAAAAUAAGUAUUUUGACUUCUGUUGAUGAGUUCAAAUAAAAGGAGAUUUGUCUUUUCUUUUCGAAAAACUAAACUGCAAAGUAAAGGGUUUUACAAAGUGCUUUUACAAUGCUUCACACUAACUUUAACCCUGGAGGCCUUCAAAGUCCUUAAAGCAUGUUUAAGGAGACACAGAGAACAUGACCAGUUAGUGCUGUCAGUAAAGCAGUGCUACAGUAUAAUGGCUUCUAAAUAUAGCGGCCAUUGUACAGUGCAGCACAACAUCACGUCUACACACUAAUAAAUGGUUAAUUUAGUGGGCCGUUUUGGGGUUGUUGGUUUUUUUUGUGUUUUUUUUUUUUUUUUUUUUGCUUAAUGGCAGAAAUAUGAGAAAAAGUUCUCAUGAGCCAGUAAAGAAGGGAGUUAAUGAUUUUUCUUUUUGAUUUGUUGUUGGGGGAUUUGCAAAAAAUAAGACAGUUUUCUUCAUUACAGGAGAUAAACUCUAUCUAUUAAAUAUGAAAGACAGACAGGACCUUUAAAACUCAAAAACUGUUUAAAUUCUUUGAUUAGCAUAAUGCAUUUUUUGCUAAGUAUGUC